CGCUUUUCUCUGACCUGCGUUCUGGCAACCUUCCGGCACUCAUGCGCUUCAUCCUCACGAACGUCUUUACGGCUUGAACUCUCCGUAUGACCGAAGCAUCGUGGCUAGAUGCAUCGGAAUAGACUGCGGGUCUGUGUGCUACUUCGAACGCUCCAAGCCGCCCUGAUUGCCCGAGGUCUGGUGUCUCCUGGCUCGACAUCAAGCACUCCACUCGUAUGACGACAGUCUUCUCUACGUAAUAAGACACUCCAGUGCCAGAGUGUCCACGAACCCAAACCCAUUGCACUUCAGCAUGUCUACACAUGGAUCGCCUCUCCGACGAACGCACGGAGUGUCCGCCGUCAACAACUCCCAACCCUUGAAUACGAUUGCUCUGUUUGGCGCUAGGGGCAUGCUAGGCAGUGUCAUCCUCUCGGCUCUACUCGAUUCGCCUGUGCAGGGUUACCACCCUAGGAUCACCGUCUUCCUACGUCCUGGGAAGCCUUUGAAGCGGAAUCUUGCGGACCAUCCCCAAGUGCUCAUCAUUGAGCUUGAUUAUUUCGAAGAGGGGACUGCUCUCGCCCAACACCUUCGAGGAGUGGAUGCAAUAAUCAGCGCGUUAAGCGGGCCUGGAAUAUCGGCGCAGUAUCGGAUCCUGAAUGCCGCAAUCGAGGCUGGCGUUAGACGUUUCUACCCAUCGGAAUACGGCUUUCAUCAGGCGUAUAGGGCACCAGGAGACCCUGGAGGGCGCAUUAUGCCUCUUUGGGAUGAGAAAGAGCGCUUUGCAGAGCACCUGAAGCUCCACCCUGCAGUAGAAGCGGGAAAUUUGGAGUAUACAUUCAUUGGUGUUGGGGAUCUCUAUGAUCAGCCAACCGAGCCUUUCUGGUGUGCUUGGACUUCUGACCGCGAGUCUUAUGAAGUCCCAAUCGUCGGAGACCCCAACGCUCGCGCCGAUUGGUCCUGCACGCGCGACGUCGCGCGCUACGUCGUCGCGACGCUCAGCAAGCCCGCCAUUUCUGCCAAUGCGUACCUGAACUUCCCGAGCGAGACGCUCUCUCAGCACGCCAUGGUCGAGCUGUUUCGCAAAUAUGCACGCGGGCGCAAGGUGGACGUGCGCCACUUCUCGAUGGACGAAGCGCACCGGUUCAUCGCGCGACCGCAGGAGGCACCCCAGCAGAUUGCGAUGAACUCGAGCUUCCCGGUGGACUUUUAUUUUGUGGUAAAGAGUAUACAGGGCUCAGGCACGUUCCGACGGUCGAGAUGGGAGUGUCAUUGGGACUUGUUCCCCGAGGUGAAGAGGACAACGUUUGAAGAGUAUAUGCGGGAAAGGUUUGGAGACCCGGAUGAGAUGAUUGUGUAGAUUUGAAGAAGUCGCUUUAGACUGUUGUACCACUACCGUGUAGCUUUGUAUAUUUGAUCAUUGCAUAUAAUAGCACGAAACUUGCGAGGUCAGC